GCGUACUCUAAUGCUCAUAUUUGGUGGUCCUGAGGAACUGGAAUAUUUACCUCGUACACUUCGGUAUGAAUGACUACGGAUUCAGAAUUCUUCUGGCAUAUCAUCAACGAGAUCCAGCCUGGCACUCGGAAAGCUUUCUAAGUAACGUUCGUAAAGAGUGGCUCUGGAAAAGCUUACUUUCAGAUGAUGAUAUGGAUUCAAGGUCUGCGGACAAUGAAGACAAGACAACAAGUAUUGUUCUUCAGGACAAGUACUCUGAAACUGGUGAAUCUCCCUGGUAUUGCGACGUAUGCUCGUUGGCUUGCAAAAGCUUUGAAGAUUUUACCACGCAUCUCAAGAGUGGAACACAUGGAUUUUCUGAGUGGGACCGGUGGGCAAGUAAAAACCUUGUGGAUCGUCGUUUCCCUUCUAACUUUGAAUGGGGUCGAUCAAAGGAGUGGGACCGGCUCAAUUGUCUAGACCUGAUGGAUUGUGUUAGACAUAUUCCGUAUGAACCUCUAGAUUAUCCCGAGGUGGAGAUUCCAGCAAAGAUAGCUUUACUGACUUUGGAUUUACUGACUUUGGUUGAUGCUCUAAAAACAUUCAAGGAUCUGUGCAAAUGUGCAACACUCAAGGAGUGGGACGGGAUUUGUCUAGAGACCUUCGAGGUGGAGAGUCCAUCAAAGGAGUGGGACUUAUGGGCUAAUAAAAAUAAUGUGGAUCGUUGUAACCCUGCUAACUUUGAAUGGGGUCGAUCAAAGGAGUGGGACCGGCUCAAUUGUCAAGACCUGUUGGAACGUAUUCGUCUUCGGUAUUACCCUCUAGAUACUACCGAGGUGGAGAGUCCAUCAAAGGAACAAGAGUGCAACAGUAGGAAGACUGAAGUGGAGGAGGGACUCCGAAUGCUCAUCUAG